AUGAAUCCAGUUUACCCAAAAGCAGCCUGCUCCUUUUGGGAUGUCCAGCAGCAGAUGGACGCGGACCCUAGAAUCCUCAUGGAGCCCGGAGCACCUCAUUCUUUUCCUCAUAACUACUACUCACAACUGCACCACGGCCAGACCGCAGCCUCCUUCACCUCCUCGGGUGCCUCCUGCAUGCCCUCCAAUGCCGACUCAGCCCCGGACCUCCUGCUGUGUAGCCAGAUGUAUCGGGGAGAGGCUGCAGGAGCACCUGGUGACCCCUGCACUCAGCCCGACUCUUUCCACCAGCACCUCCCCGAUGAGGACCCCCACACAUAUGGUUACGGACAGCUCCUGUUCCCCGGACCCCCUGACCAGCAGCCAGACAGGAGAGUCAUGGCAGGGAGCAGAGGAGACCCGCUGGGGGCCUCGCUGAUGGCGCAGCGCCCUGCAGGAUUUCUCCACUACGUGCAGCAGCAGUGCAUCAAACAGGAGCUGAUGUGUAGUUGGACGGAGCCCAACUGGACUGGAGGUGGGUUCUGCCGCCUCUGCGGGAACACCUAUGGCAUCAUGCACGAGCUGGUGGCGCAUGUCACCGUGGAACACGUAGGGGGUCCAAGACAGAUCAGGUACGUGUGCCGAUGGGAGGGCUGCUUGCGCCACACCGUGAUCUACAUGGCCCGGUGCAAACUGGUCAACCAUCUGCGCGUUCACACCGGGGAGAAGCCGUUUCCGUGUCCGUUCCCCAGAUGCUCCACGAUGUUCGUGUUCGCAUGGCUGGAGAUUCUGAGGACACACAAACAGACACACACGGGGGGAAAAGCCGUUCAGCUGUGGUUUCUGCAUCUGCGCCAGAUGCUUCACAGACACCAGUAGCUUCAAGCAACAAACGCACAUGCACAUGCACGUGCACGCGUGUGGCAGAAGUUACAUGUGUAAAGCAUGUGACAGGUCCUACAAGUGCCCCAGAUCUCUACACAAACACAUGAUGAAGGUCCAUGACUCUUCUCUUUCAACCUCUGAUGGGUCUCCUGCAGUCAGCAGCAGCUAUGAGUCCUCUCCUUCAUCAGAGAUGGUGUCUCCAGGGUUGGACACACAUGUCCAACUACGUUGAAUGGCACAGCCCACUGUAGACAAAGGGAAGACAAACUGUCAGAGGUCCAGCCAGAACGCUGACAUUUCAAUAGUGUUUUUGCAAUUAAAGCAUUCAUUUAUUUUGCACAAUG